UCAUAGAAUGUAUUGCUUUAAUGGACUAUCUUUGAUUCCCUAUGAUGUCACUCAAAGUUUACUAAUAUGUAUACGGGAGCGCGUCCCGUCACAAUCGGCAGGACGUGAUAGACAUGAUGCCACUGUUACUACCGAAAACCGUAGUCCCUGUGUUUCUUUGCUAAAACUUCGACUGUCAUUGUUUCUGUAGUACUUUUGAUUGCCAUUGGUCUGGUUGCAUCGGCAUUACUUGCACUCCGCAAUUUAUGCAAACAGUGCAAACAGACUGGUUGAUCUCCAACCGCAGAAAAGCGGAAUUGACGGUCCUCGAGAACAUCUCGACACAAUACCUACAAAGCGUAAGAGAUGCUACCUCCUCGCCUUCCUGUUAGCCGGAUUCCUGCCACUCGUCCGUUUCGGAUACCCGGCCGCUAUGUUUUACGCCAUUCUUCGCGCCCAUUCACCCAAAAGUCUCGACUCCAACUGGUAUCCCCUCCAUACCUCAGACCACAGCUACCCUUCCUCUCUCCGUUAGCGGGCAGUCGCCCUCUUCCGCCAUAUUCCAUUCAUCUCCGACAGCAUGUUGCGCGGUUAAUUUCUACGGAAAGUCGCGAACAUUACAAACGUCGUAUUUCGCGCGGCCUCCGUAUCGGUCUGUCGUUUUACGCCAUCCUGGUCUUGUUUCAGGUAAUCAAGCUGGGCGUCUAUCAAGAAGAAAUCGAACACCAAUGGCCUACGCCACCAGAAUGGUCAUGGAAGAGCCGGUGGUGUUUGCGGUCUGCGCAAGCCCUGCAACAUCCGGAGGAGAUCGGGAAGCUGAUGACCAAUUGGCCAAUGGUUGCAGGGUACCUGAAGGAAUUGCUGCAGCGAUUGGAAGAUCCCGAGGGUGAGGGUAAGGGAAUUGUUGAACAAGGCGAUGGCGGAUUCCUAGUUGAGGGUGUUGGAAAGACAGGAUUCGACGUGUCCAGUAAGAGUGAACCGUGGCGAAGGGGGUACUUCCAGGCGCUUAUGGGCGCCGCGAAAGCCGCGGAGAACCUUGAGGGAUGGUUGACAGAUCGGAAGCAACGCAUCUCUGCGCCGGCCGAAUAUGUUGUUGGUCCCUCUAAUCCCCGCCCGAAACCUAUGCCUGCGAAGCAGAAAAAGGUGCCACAGGAGGAGAAUUGCGAGCCUGCUUCUCCAAGCCCGGAGGUCUUCUACAUGAAGAUUCUGACUACGCGUGGAUUUGACACUCGGCAGAAGCUUGAUGCCGCGCUUGCCUAUGCGGACUGGCUGGAUUAUAAGGGCUUGCAAGGUACUGCGAGCGAUAUGUACAACUGGGCAAUGGACAUCGCUGCCUCUGGGUUCCCGACCGACGCUGGAAAAGUGGUGGAUGUGAAAACGGGCGUCCUCAAACACGAUGGCAAAACAUUGCCAUCGGAAAAUAUUAUACGUGUCUCGACCGCGCUUGCGGUUCAUCAUGCCCGGCAUGGUAACCUUCCCACCGCCCUGUCCGUUUUCACCUCCAUACUGAAAACUCGCCGUUCUCUACCACCGCCACCCUCUGGCGCAAUCAUCCCCAAACUCCCAUCUCUACACAAGUCUAAUGACCCUUUCCGUUCCCUUUUCAACUCCAUCAAGAUCAUGCUGGUCCCUGUUGAGUACCCCGCACCUCUCCCAUCUGGAGAUGAGCCUCCACUCCGAACUGCUUCAUCUGUCUGCGACGAGGCAGGGCUCAUGACAUAUAUUGGCGAGAUUAUCUAUGCUUCGUCCUCCAAGGAGACCGGGCUUGCCUGGACCCGCGAGGCCGUCGACACGGCCGAAGCCACCGUUUUUGAACUAGGCGAGUCCAAGGACCCUACUCACCACCGCUGCGCGGAAUGUCUCCGCGUGGGCUUGGAUAAUUGGAAGACGAUGGUUUCUAGGCUUGUUGCCCAGGCCGAAAGGGAAGAGCUGGAGAGCAUUCAGAAAGCGGAACACUCCUGGUUUGGCGGCCAGAAGCAGAUCGAUGCCAAGUCCCUAGAACGAAAAAGAUGGGAAGCAGAGAGUCUGAUUCUCGACGAUCGGAUCCGGAGACUUCGGCCGAUCAUUGAUGGGGAGUCUGGGCUUGAGGGGAUUGCGCCCAAUAGCUCAUUAUUUGUAUGAUAUCAUUUGAGUGUCUUUUGACGGGGCGGUUAUACCAGGAGUUUGAGGCGAGUUUAGCAUCUAGGGGUC